CUAACUUCAUUCUUGUAGCAUGUAAAAUCAUCGUCAUUGAGUUUAUAGUUGAUUAAUCAUCGAGUACCACGUGCAAAAACUUGUAUUUUUACACAGAAUAUUUUAUCAAAUCAGUUUGAUCUCUACAAUUUUCAGAUAUGUCAGACUUAUUUGACAGCAGUAGCUCUUUUUCAAACAAUGAUAAUAAUAAAGGGAUUGAUCCUGAAUUAGCAGAGCUUUUGAUGGUAGAAAAGCAAAAAGCAGAAUUUAAUGCACAGAUACAUGAGUUUAAUGACUUUUGUUGGGAUAAAUGUGUCGAUAAACCUGGAAGUAAAUUGGAUGGCCGCACAGAAACCUGCAUAACUAAUUGUGUCAACAGGUUUAUAGAUGUUUCUCUGUUUAUUACCAAUCGUUAUGCACAGUUAUUGCAAAACUCUUUAGGAAAGUGAAACUUCGUAUACUGUUAAAGUAUACUAUUUUGUUAUUGAAAUUACAAUGAAUUAAAUAUAUCAAUAAUAGCAUAAAACUAUUGUAAGAUUAUCAGAAAUAAGUCUUAUUUGAGUCUUAUUUCAUAUUUGUAAAUUAAUAUUUGUGAGAAUAUAUAAUAAAAUUAUAAAUUAAAAAUAA